AUGGAGGGCCUCACGCUCAUCUUGCUCUAUCUCGCCAUCCCCAGUCUGGUCUACUCGGCCAUCCAGCAGAUCCUGUCAUGGAAGAAGAAGAAGUUGGUCACCACGGUGGCCAAGUUCCCCGGUCCCAAGCAGUAUCCUUUUGUAGGCCGUAUUCAUGACCUCCCCCGGUUUUCCAUGUGGUUGAAGUUCAAGGAGUGGGCCGAUGAACAUGGACCUAUUUUCCAGACCAGGGCAGUGGAUCAGACGUUCAUCAUCGUGUCGGACGAGAAGAUUGCGGAGGAGCUGUUGGUUAAGAGAGGGCACAUCUACUCCGGUCGGCCUCAGAUUCGAUCUCUCAUCAACCACAAGGAGGGAGUUGGAUACUCUGCUUUGAUGGACCGUCAUGACACAUGGAAGACGCAGCGUAAGUGGGCACACGCCGCUAUGGCCGAAGCAUACAAGCACCACUUUUACGGCCACUGCGAAAAGGAAAUGAAACGCUACCUCGGCCUUCUCCUCAUCGAUCCCGCCCGAUUCCUCGACUACACGCGUGAGUACUGCGGCCGUGUCAUGUCCCGACUCGCCUGGGAUGACGCUACUCAGGGAAAGGCCAACGGUGAUAGCGCCGACACCACCCUCCACUGCAUGAGCGUCUCCGGUCCGAUCACCAACACCGUCACGCCGCUCUGGCACCUGCCCUCGUUCAUGAACCCAUGGUACAACUUUGAAAUCAAGCGCGAGAAGGAACAGCGGGCCUGGUGGCUUAAUAACUUCCGCCUGGCCAAGGACAGGAUGCUCAAGGGCACGCUCCCUAACGACACGUGGGCCUACCGGUAUUUUGAGCAAUUGAAGAGGGAAGGGAACGAGAGUCUGGAUCAGGAAGAGGAGCAGGAGAUCUUUGCGAGCUGCAUGAUUGGGUUUGUGAACCUAGUCGGUGUAGUGACGAUUAGUGGACCGCUAAAGUUUUUCUUAAUGGCCAUGGCGCUGCAUCCGGAGUGGCAGAGGAAGGCACAGGAGGAGAUUGACAGGGUCUGCGGGGACAGGAUGCCGACUAUGAAAGACUUUCCUGACUUGCCGACUGUGAGGGCGUGUUUGAAGGAGACGGUGAGGUGGAGGUCGGGGGUUCCGCUUGGUGUUCCUCAUCAGGCUGAGCGGGAUGAUGUUUUUAGGGGGGUUCCCAUCAAGAAGGGGACUAUUAUUCUCGCUUGCGAGUGGAGCCUCAACCGCGUCCCCGAAAAGUACCCUGACGGCGACAACUUCCGCCCCGAGCGCUGGCUCGAGCCCGGGUGGCCCACGUAUCAAGAACCUCUUACCAGGUACCCCAACUUCCGCGAGGGGCAGGCCAUGCACAGCUUUGGCUGGGGUCGACGUACUUGCCUCGGGCAGAAUAUUGUCGAUGACGAGAUGUUUGUCUUUGGAGCUUCGUAUCUCUGGGCGUUCAAAUCUGGUCCCAAGAUUUGCCCGCGCACGGGAGUACCAGUGCCAAUUGACACGCAGGCGACAAACAGCCAUGUUAUUUUGGAGCCGUUGCCGUAUCAUUUGAGCUUCAAGGUGAGGAGUGAGGAGAGGGGGAAGCUGAUCUUGUCGAAUUAUCAGGAGGUUAUGGGGGAGUUGAAGGUGUAG